AUGAGGGUGCUUGUACUUGCUCUCGCUGUGGCUCUUGCAGCCGGUCUCCAGGUCAACUUUGCCCCAGAGUUUGCUGCCGGAAAGACCUACGUGUACAAAUAUGAAGCACUUCUUAUGGGUGGCCUGCCUGAGGAGGGUCUGGCACGGGCUGGUGUGAAAGUCCGGAGCAAAGUCUUAAUCAGUGCAACCGCUGCCGGCACCUUCAUGCUGAGACUUGCCGACCCUGAAAUCUUUGAGUACAGCGGCAUCUGGCCCAAAGAUGCUUUCAUCCCGGCCACCAAGCUCACCUCAGCCCUGGCUGCUCAGCUCUUGACACCCAUCAAGUUUGAGUAUGCUAACGGUGUUGUCGGCAAAGUGUUUGCACCGGCUGGUGUCUCUGCAACUGUGCUGAAUAUCUACAGGGGAAUCCUCAACAUCGUCCAGCUGAAUGUCAAGAAGACUCAGAAUGUCUAUGAGCUGCAAGAGCCUGGCGCUCAGGGUGUGUGCAAGACCCACUAUGUCAUCACUGAGGACGCAAAGGCUGACCGCAUCCUGUUGACCAAGACCAAGGACCUGAACCACUGCCAGGAGAGAAUCAUCAAGGACAUUGGCUUGGCUUACACUGGGAGAUGCAUUGAGUGUGAGGCUAGAGGACAGACCAUGAAGGGAACUGCUGCUUUUAACUACGUCAUGAAGCCAGCAGCCUCAGGUGCUCUGAUCUUGGAGGCAACUGCUACAGAGCUCAUCCAGUUCUCACCUUUCAACAUCUUGAACGGCGCUGCCCAGAUGGAGGCUAAGCAAAUCCUGACCUUCCUGGAGAUCGCCAAGAGCCCAGUGGAGCCUAUCAGAGCUGAAUAUCUUCACCGUGGAUCCCUGCAGUACGAGUUUGGUAGCGAGCUUCUCCAGACACCCAUCCAGCUUCUGAGGAUCAGCAAUGCUGAGGCUCAGAUCGUUGAGAUUCUGAACCACCUGGUGGCCUUCAAUGUGGCCAAGGUCCAUGAAGACGCCCCCCUGAAGUUCAUUGAGCUCGUCCAGCUGCUGCGUGUGGCCAGAUUUGAGAGUAUUGAGGCCCUCUGGACUCAGUUCAAAGCUAGAGCAGAUUACAGGCACUGGAUCCUGAAUGCUGUCCCUGCCAUUGGUACUCAUGCUGCUCUGAGGUUCCUCAAGGAGAAGUUCAUUGCUGGUGAUGUGACUGUUGCUGAAGCUGCUCAAGCCCUGCUGGCAUCUGUGCACAUGGUGACAGCUGAUCUGGAGGCCAUCAAGCUUGCGGAGGGCCUGGCAAUGAACCACAAGGUCCAAGAAAAUCCAGUUCUGCGUGAGAUUGCCAUGCUGGGCUACGGCACCCUGGUUGCAAAAUACUGUGCAGAGAACCCAGCAUGCCCAGCUGAGUUUGUGAGGCCAAUCCAUGAACUUGCAGUCCAGGCUCUUGCCAAAGGUGACAUUGGGGAGCUUGUUGUCGCUCUCAAGGUUCUGGGUAAUGCUGGACAUCCUGCCAGCCUUAAGCCAAUCAUGAAGCUCCUGCCUGGCUUCGGCAGUGCCGCUGCUAGUCUGCCACACAGAGUUCACAUUGAGGCUGCUCUGGCCUUGAGGAACAUCGCUAAGUUGGAACCCAAGAUGAUCCAGGAGCUAGCUGUGCAGCUGUUCAUGAACAAGGCUGUCCACCCAGAGCUCCGCAUGGUUGCUGCUAUCGUGCUGUUUGAGACCAAGCUGCCCAUGGGUCUGGUGACUACUCUUGCUGAUGCCCUCUUGAAAGAAAAAAAUCUGCAGGUCGCUAGCUUUGUCUACUCUUACAUGAAGGCCAUGACCAAGAACACUGCCCCUGACUUUGCCUCUGUUGCUGCCGCCUGUAACGUGGCUGUGAAGAUCCUCAGCCCCAAAUUCGACAGGCUGAGCUACCGCUUCAGCAGAGCUCUCUAUUUUGAUGCCUACUACAACCCCUGGAUGAUGGGGGCUGCUGCCAGUGCCUUCUAUGUCAACGAUGCUGCAACUCUUCUUCCAAGAGCCAUUGUGGCCAAAGCUCGCACCUACCUGGCAGGAGCUUACGCUGAUGUUCUUGAGCUUGGAGUGAGAACUGAGGGAAUCCAAGAGGCCCUUCUGAAAAUCCACGAGGCCCCUGAGAAUGCAGACAGGAUCACCAAGAUGAAGCAAGUUAUAAAGGCUCUUUCUGACUGGAGGGCUCAUCCUUCCAGCCAGCCCCUGGCCUCUGUGUAUGUGAAAUUCUUUGGACAGGAAAUUGCAUUUGCCAACAUUGACAAAGCCAUCAUCGAUCAGGUUAUUGAGCUUGCCAACGGACCAGCAGUUCACACUUAUGGCAAGCAGGUUUUGGAUGCUCUGCUGUCUGGUUUUGCAGUCCAUUAUGCUAAGCCAAUGCUGGUUGCUGAGGUUCGUCGCAUCUUUCCCACUGCUGUCGGUCUGCCUAUGGAGCUCAGUUUCUAUACUGCUGCAGUGGCUGCUGCAGCUGUUGAAUUCCAAGCCACAGUGUCACCACCUCUGCCUGAGAACUAUCACGCUGCCCAGCUUCUGAAGUCUGAUGUCAGCAUGAGGCUUGCCAUUUCUCCAAGUGUUUCCAUGCAUACCUAUGCAGUCAUGGGAGUGAAUACUGCUUUCAUCCAGGCUGCCCUGCUGUCAAGAGCCAGGGUUUACACAGUUGUUCCUGCAAGGAUGGAAGCAAGAAUUGACAUGAUCAAGGGCAACUUCAAGCUUCAGUUCCUGCCUGUUCAGGGCAUCGAUAAGAUUGCAUCUGCAAUUGUGGAGACCUUCGCUGUUGCAAGAAAUGUGGAAGACCUCGCAGCUGCCAAAAUCACACCAAUGAUUCCAAAUGAACCUGCAACACAGCUGUCAUGGGAGUUGUUCUCUUCAAAGAUUUCUGGGAUGUCGUCCUCUCUGGCUGGUGGCAUGUCAGCAUCCUCUGAAAUCAUUCCUGUUGACCUGCCAAGAAGAAUUGUCAGCAAACUGAAAUACCCCAAGGCCUUCGUGAAGAAAAUGUGUGCAGCAAUUGAAACCUUCGGCCUCAAGGCAUGCACUGAGAUUGAAUCUCGCAACGCCGCCUUCAUCAGAGACUGCCCACUCUAUGCCAUGAUUGGAAAACACGCUGUCCUUGUUGAGGUUGCUCCAGCUGCUGGACCCGCCAUCGAGAAGAUUGAAAUUGAGAUUCAGGUAGGAGACAAAGCAGCAGAGAAGAUCAUCAAAGUGAUUAACAUGAGUGAGGAAGAGGAAAUCCUCGAGGACAAGAACGUGCUGAUGAAACUCAAGAAGAUCCUGGUUCCUGGUCUGAAGAACAGAACAGCUUCCUCCAGCUCCAGCAGCUCUCGUUCCCUCAGCUCUCGCUCCAGCAGCUCCCGUUCGAGCGCCUCCUCCUCUGUAUCCUCCAAGUCCUCCUCCAGCUCCUCCUCUCGUCGCAAUAGCCAGGUCGAUGUUGUUGCCCCCAUCAGCAAGACAUCAAGGAGAGUGAGCAGCCGCUCCAGCAGUUCUUCCAGCAGCAGAUUGAGCCUUCGCUCAAGGAGCUCCUCCAGCAGUGCUUCGAGCAGCCGCUCAUCUGUCCUGUCCAGCAGCCGCUCUUCGAGCUCCAGUUCCAGCUCCUCCAGGUCCAGCUCCCUGUCCAAGCAGGAACUGUAUAAGAUGAAGUUUACCAAAAACCACAUCCACCAGCAUGCCCUGUCUACAGCUCGCGCCAACAGCAAGAGCAGUGCCUCCAGCUUCGAAGCCAUCUACAAUAAGGCCAAGUACCUCGCUAAUGCCAUCAAUCCUGCUGUCACCAUCCUCAUCCGUGCUGUGAGAGCCGACCACAAGGUUCAGGGAUACCAGAUUGCUGCUUACUUUGACAGAUCUACUGCCAGAGUCCAGGUCAUUUUUGCCAACCUGGCCGAGAGCGACCGCUGGAGAAUCUGUGCUGAUGGUGUGAUGCUGAGCAGCCACAAGUUGAUGGCCAAGGUUGCCUGGGGCAUUGAGUGCAAACAAUACCAAACUGAAAUCACAGCUGAGACUGGUCUUAUGGGUCGAGAGCCUGCAGUCCGCCUAAAGGUGACCUGGGACAAACUUCCAAGGAGCAUGAAGCAGUAUGCAAAGGAGCUCUCUGAGUACAUUUCCCGCAUUGCUCGGGAAGCUGGAAUAAGCCAGGCAAAGUUCAAGAAUGUCCGUAAUCAGAUCAAACUGAGUGUGGCUGUUGCUUCUGAGACAAGCCUGAAUAUUGUGCUGAAGACACCAAAGAGGACCAUUUACAAACUUGGUGUGACUGUCCCUGUUUCUCUGCCAUUCGGAGACACUGCUGCUGAGCUGGAACACUACCAGAGCUACUUUCCUGACAAGAUCUCCUACAUGUUCACCAAGGCUUAUGCAGCUGAGUGUGCCAUGGUCAAAGACACAGUGACCACAUUCAACAACAGGAAAUACAAGAACGAGAUGCCCCACGCUUGCUACCAGGUUUUGGCUCAGGAUUGCACCCCAGAAGUUAAAUUCAUUGUUCUGCUGAAGAGGGACGAAACACAGGAACAGAACCAGAUCAAUGUGAAGAUUGCAAACAUUGAUGUUGACAUGUAUCCAAAGGACAACGCUAUCAUGGUGAAGGUUAAUGGAGUUGAAAUCCCCAUCAGCAACCUGCCGUAUCAGCAUCCCACAGGCAAAAUUCAGAUCAGACAGAGAGGUGAGGGCAUCGCUCUCCAUGCUCCCAGCCAUGGUCUUCAGGAGGUCUACUUUGAGCUGAACGCAUUGAAGGUUAAAGUUGUGGACUGGAUGAAGGGACAGACUUGUGGACUUUGUGGAAAGGCUGAUGGUGAAAUCAGACAGGAGUACCGCACACCCAACAAUCGCCUGACCAAGAACGCAGUCAGCUACGCCCAUUCCUGGGUUCUGCCUGGAAAGAGCUGCCGUGAUGCCUCUGAGUGUUACAUGAAGCUUGAGUCUGUGAAGUUGGAGAAGCAGGUGAUCCUCCAUGGCCAGGACUCCAGAUGCUACUCUGUUGAGCCUGUGCUGCGCUGCCUGCCUGGUUGCAUGCCAGUGAGGACCACCACGGCCACUGUUGGCUUCCACUGCGUGCCUGCUGAGACUAGCCUGAACCGCUCUGACGGUCUGAGCAGCAUCUACGAGAAGAGCAUUGACCUGCAAGAAACAGCAGAAGCCCAUUUGGCCUGUCGCUGCACUGCUCAGUGCGCUUAA